AUGGCCGCGGCCGAGCGGCUCCGGUCGGUGCCGUUCGACGUGGACGUCGAGGUGCCCGUGCGCCUGCAGCUCGGCAAGGUCAGGACGUGGGCCGUGCCGGUGCGGGCGCACUGCACCGUGGCGGUCGACAGGCUCGCCGCCGACGCCAAGGUGGUGUCCAGGUCGUGCGACGUCAAGGUGCACCUCCUGUCCUGGGGGAACUGA